AUGUCGUCCUUAAGUGCAUGGCCUUCUUUGUCCGAAGUGUCUGCCUUGGGACGCGGGGAUGCAUUGCAGUGCCUGCCUUUUCGCAGCCUUGAAAUGACCACCAACUGCCCAGAAGAGGAUGGCUGGGUAGCGCACCUUCUUGCACAUGACACGCGCCCCGUGGAUGCGAACACCGUCUUUCUGGAUGUGGGCUGCAACACAGGCGCGGACGCAGUGAAGUACCUGGACCUUUGGGGUCGCAGCCCCGGCAUCUUUCAGGCGUGGCACGAAGGUCUCAAGGAGGAGGGCGCCAUCCGAGCAGGAAGCUGCCAGAAUAACCAGAGCGAGUGGCCGCAACGCGUUGCCAGCUCUUCCAACAAUCCGACUGUCAUUUGCGUCGAGCCCAUGUCUGCCAACGUGGAGGUCAUGCGCGCCUUGCACCGCAGAGUCCUGAACAGCAGCAACGCAUUCGAGAUUGUCCACGCGGCAGUGUCGGACCACGUUGGUGUGGCUGAUUUCCCAUCCGGUCAAGUCGGCACCGAAGACUUCGGGCUCGAUGUUGCCUCCCCGGUAGAUCCAGCUGGGAACUCUCGCCAGAUCGAGACUGUGAAGGUCGAUGUGACGUCUGCAUACCGGCAUUCAUUCAGAAAGCUUGUGUCGCGCAUGCGUCCACAGCAAUGCGUCGGCUUUGAGUCUGCGUCUGUGUUUGUGCCGGCAUCUGUGCCUGCGUCUGUGCAGUGCUUCUGUCUGUGUCUGUGUCUCUCUCCCUCUCUCUGUUUUGGCUCCCUGUGCUCCAACUAUAAUAGGCCGUCCUGUAGGCUGGCAGUCAGGACACUCUCUGUCACUUUCCUCCGCCAGGUCGACGCCCUGAUGGCUUCUCGCGGCCUCUCGCGCGUGGAUGUCUUGUCCGUGGACACGGAAGGCCACGAUCCCCUGGUGCUGGCCGGCGCCGCCAAGGCCCUGAAGACUCUGCGGCUGCUGUUCUUCGAGGUGCAUCAGGACCUGACUGGAUCACCCUGGAGUCGAACCUCGCUUCUUUCAGUCGCUGAAGGCUUGGAUGACUAUGACCUCGACUGCUUCUGGGCUGGGAACAACGGGAAGCUGCAGAAGAUCACGGGCUGCUGGACCAUGCAGGAUGAGAGCACCCACCGCCCGAUCCCAUGGGCGAACAUCCUGUGCGUCAGGAGAGGUGAUGAGUGGCAUGGUGCUUUGCAGAAGUACGUAGGAGCAAUCGUCUAG